AGCAAUGUAUAAAACCACAAGUAAAGACUUCUCUUAAUGAAAAACUUGCAUGUUUAAAAGUGCACCCAAACACUUUUCUCCAAUUUCCAUAUUUAGUAUUAGUACGACGAGUAUAUAACAUUGACACAUACAUCGCAAUCAUACAAUUCAAAAUACAAAACAGACAUAAAAUCGCGGUUGUUUCUAAGGAUUCCUUCAACACUUCAAUACAUAUAUGGCAGAUUUUACACGGAGAAGAUGGACUACACCUAAGAUGGCCGUUCCUCUUCGUGGUCCGGUAGAUGAAGAAAUCAACCCACCUUCAGGGUGGAUUAAUGAGUUUCGAUUUCAUUGCCUCCUUGUUGUUCUUCCAGGUUUUGAGAAAGGCGAUAUCAAGUUGAAUGUGGAUGAAUCUGGGAUCAUAGAAGUUACUGGAAGGAGAAAGGUAAAUGAUGAAAAACAAGAGCAUUUUAAAAAGACCUUCAAUGUGCCAGAAGACGGAGACGUAAAGAACAUAGAGUUGAUAUUCGACGAUGGUACACUACGAGUACGUAUCCCAGGGAUGGUAGAAGAAAUCAACCCAUCUUCAAGGUGGACUGAUGAGUUUCCUGGAUUUCAUUGCCUCCUCAUCAAUGAUCUUCUUGGUUUUAAUGAAGACGAUAUCAAGCUGAAUGUCGACAAACGUGGGAUCAUAGUAGUUAGCGGAAGGAGAAAGUCGGCAGGUCUAAAACACGAAAUUUUUGAAAAGAAGUUCAAUGUGCCAAUAGAUGGAUAUACUAUUCACGUUAACAAUAUACAGAAGAAGUUCAACGGAGCUACGACACUAAAAGUAUUUAUCCCAAGGCCGGUAGAAGAAGAAAUCAUCCCAUCUUCAAGGUGGACUAAUGAUAUUCCUGGAUCUCAUUGCCUCCUCGUUAAUCUUCCUGAUUUUAAGAGAGACGAUAUGGAGGUGGAAGUUGAUGAAUCUGGGGUAAUAGUUGUUGGGGGAAGGAGACAGGUAGGGGGAAGAAAACAAGAGCAUUUUAUAAAGGCGUUUUAUGUGCCAGGUGACAGAGACAUGAAGAGCGUAAAACAGACAUUCGAAGGAGAUAUGUUAAGAGUAUGCAUCCCAAAGGUAGCAGCAACGGAGAAGGGCAAACCAAGCACCAACAAGGACAAGAAAGAGUCCAACAUAAUUCCAGAUGAGAAUCCUGCUUCAAGUAGCGGCGUAAUGGACAAGGGUAAUGAACAAGUGUCUUCAAGCACCGGCGUAGUGGACAAGGGUAAGGAACAAGUGUCUUCAAGCAGCGAAUUGAUGGACAAGGGUAAGGAAGCGUCUUUAAGAAACAACACAAUGGUGGAGAAGGGUAAGGAAGUGUCUUCAAACAGCGAAAUAAUGGACAAGGGUAAGGAACAAGGGUCUUCAAGCAACAACAUAAUGGACAAGGGUAAGGAACAAGUGUCUUCAAGCAGCGAAUUGAUGGACAAGGGUAAGGAAGCGUCUUCAAGCAACAACACAAUGGUGGAGAAGGGUAAGGAAGUGUCUUCAAACAGCGAAAUAAUGGACAAGGGUAAGGAACAAGGGUCUUCAAGCAACAACAUAAUGGACAAGGGUAAGGAACAAGUGUCUUCAAGCAGCGAAUUGAUGGACAAGGGUAAGGAAGCGUCUUCAAGCAACAACACAAUGGUGGAGAAGGGUAAGGAAGUGUCUUCAAACAGCGAAAUAAUGGACAAGGGUAAGGAUCAAGGGUCUUGAAGCAACAACAUAAUGGACAAGGGUAAGGAACAAGUGUCUUCAAGCAGCGAAUUGAUAGACAAGGGUAAAGAAGCCUCUUCAAGCAACAACACAAUGGUGGAGAAGGGUAAGGAAGUGUCUUCAAACAGCGAAAUAAUGGACAAGCGUAAGGAAGUGUCUAACAAUGGUGAGUUAGAUUCAGUUAAGGAGGACGAAACCUAUUGGAGGCGGGUAUUGAACAAGUUAAAGCCUUAUUUCAGGCUUUGAGACCAAAGAGAAGAUCAAAAGUGAGCUAAAGCAUCCAUUAUAUCAUAAAUUAGACCUUGGUGGUGUUACUGUCUCAAAAAUUCAACUUACAAACUCUGUUUCUAACUCUGCUUCAUCAUAAAUUGUACAAUUAUCAACAUGUGUCAAUUAAACCUGUAUAUAUAUAAGGAUGAACACGUUGCAUACUGUAAUUAUGUAACAUAUGAAGUUAUACAUACAACAUAUUAUAGCUUUCAGAA